AUGGCCCACUAUGCUGGCUCCAAUCAAGCAAUGAACUCGACAGCUGAACACGACGAUACAGUGCUCAGCAUCUAUGAACCUAUGGACCAUCAAUUAUACAAAGUCUCAGAUGUUGGACCAACACUGGUAUAUGAUCCUUCAAGUUGUAUGCUUGAUGAUUCGGAAGAUGAAGCCGGAAUCACUGCCUCCAAUGCUUCAAGUUCUCCAAGCCUAAAUGAUAUUGGGGAUGACUCAGAUAAGGGUGAGGAUGGAGUGCCUGUCGACUCACCAAACCCCGGCUUCCAUCGGCUAAGUGGCAUGCAGAGUGCACCCACACGCGAACCUGUGGGAAAAAUCACUGAGUUUGAGGAGCUUGGGAUAGGAUCCAGCACCUGGCUGCCUGGGACACCGCAAGUGUCCAGCUCUGAGGUAGGGUUGCCCCCGGACAGAGGCCGGGCCCUGACAAAUGGGGGCUCAAAAGGCAGCAUCUCCAUGGGGUUCAAGGUCCCAGUUUGGCAACUUGGGUGCAGCCUAUUCCCCAUGGAAGUCAAAGGAGGAGUGGGAGCUGGUGGAAUGGUUGUGUAA